CGCAGAGCGGCGCUGAGAAGCAGAGGCAGCGGCGCCGCGCCGGAAAGAGUGUCCGUCGUUGGACGACGGCAGCAGCAGGGUUUUGCCGCACUCUCCGCGCCUCACCAGCCAGCAUGCCGAGCGGCCCCCAGCCCGCGGGGCCCGCCGUCCCCGGGCAGCCCAGCCACUGAGGCAUCCGCAGACCCCGACACACACACACGCAUCGAUUUUUGUCCUCCUGCACUCGCUCUCUCGGGUCUUGCCCGUUUUCCGAGGCCCGCCGCCGCGGAAAAUAAGGGAAGCAAGCUUUUAUUGUGUGUCCGUCGUGUGCGUGUGUUCUUGGGCCCCCGCGACACACACCCCGCGAGUCCGGCGUUCUCAUCGAUCUGCCACUUCCUGGUGCGCGACCCUUGAUGCUGAUGCUGACGAGGUAGUUGUUCGAGGAUGGCCCCUCGCGUGUCCCUGCGGCGUUGCUUCCUGGCCCUGCUGGGCCUCACCUGCUUCCUCUUCCUGGUGCUGAACGUGCACCAGAAGGAGGCCUGGGCCCGCUCCCUCGCCGCCAUCCAGCAACAGGUAUUGGACCGUCGACGCGCCAAAGAAAUGUCCUCCUCCGACGACACCGCUAAAGUUUCUCCGGAGGUGACUCCAAGCAGCGGCUCAGACCAGUCAAAAGACUCGACCUUUAAGACUUCUAAUUCUGACAGUAAUAAACUUCAGGGCCACCAAAAGACCCAAGUCACUCACCAAGCGCCGCUUCCGGACCUGAGUUCGCGCCCAUGGUUCAUGGCUGGAGGAGAGAGGCGGCCGGUGCCCGCUCGCAGAGGCCGCUCUGGCCGCCGCUUAGCCCACCUCUGGCCCGCUGAGGAUCCUAAUUCCGAUCGAGUUUCGGACCAACUCAUGUUCGUGCCGCCCAUAGCGUUGGCCAACGAGAGCAGCACAUGGCGCGAGCAGCAGUCGGAGGGGACGCGUUCGCAGCAGCCGCUGAAGAGGAUCGUGCUCUACAACGGACUCAGCUCGUGGAACGUAAAGUCGGGCAGGGACGUGUUCCUGACCAACAAGUGUCCCGUCGACACGUGCACCAUCACCACAAACAAGGCCGAGGUCACUGAAGCCGAGGCCGUCCUUUUCAAGGAUCACUUUCCCUCGCAGGCCAACCCCUGGAGGAGGCCACCCCAUCAGGUGUGGAUUUUGUACUUCCUCGAGUGUCCUUAUCACACGCAACACGUAAAGUACAGCGACCUCUUCAACUGGACAGCCACGUACCGCAGGGACAGCGACCUGGUGGCCCCCUACGAGCGCUGGACCUACUUCGACGAGAAGGCAAAGAGACAGCCGCCCGGCUCGCAGGCCGCCUCCAUCAACUACGCCGCCAACAAAACCAAGCAGGUUGCGUGGUUUGUCUCGAAUUGCGGCGCCCGCAACAAUCGCCUUCAGUACGCGCGCGAACUGUCAAAGUACAUUUCCGUGGACGUGUACGGUGCGUGCGGCACGAAAAAGUGUCCGCGCACCACUGCCAACAAGUGCUUUGAAAUGUUGGACAAGGACUACAAGUUCUACUUGGCCUUUGAGAACUCCAACUGCAAGGACUACAUCACCGAGAAGUUCUUCGUCAACGGACUCGGUCACAACGUGAUCCCGAUCGUGAUGGGCGCGCGUCCGGAAGACUACGAGAAGAGCGCGCCACUCAAGUCGUACAUCCACGUGGACGAGUUCGCGACGCCGCGCGAGCUGGCGGCCUAUCUGCACCGGCUGGACGCCGACGACGAACUGUACAACGAGUACUUCCGGUGGAAGGGCACCGGCGAGUUCAUCAACACGUACUUUUUCUGUCGUCUGUGCGCGCUGCUCAACGACCCCGAAAUGCCGCACAAGAGUUACCGCGACGUCAACGACUGGUGGCGCGGCCCCGGCACCUGCAUCACUGGCUCGUGGCGCCAACACCGCCCGCCGCAGCCCUCCCUCGCACCCCACGCGCUCACCGUCGCCGCCAACGACACCCUCUGAGACCGUGUCCGUGGUUUGCCUUCAUUUCUCUCUUCCUCCGAUUUCAUGUCUGACGGGUUCUCGGCAAGGGUUGACGCACUUUAAGAAGUCUUCAAUUCUUUUGUUUUUACGAAAACAAAGUUGUGGACGAACAAAGCUUUCUGGCUCUUUUUUCCAAUUUAGAUUUUCAUUGAAUUCAUCAAUUUUUUUUAAAGAUAAUAUCUUUUUAUUGUUGCGUUUUUUCCCUUUUAAAAAUCACGCAUUUGACCUUUUGAACUAUAAGCCUUGCCGAAGAUAUGUAUAAGAUCUUUGACUUUUAGGCAUCGACGUUUUAUUUUUGGUGAAAGUAUUUAAUUUUUGUAGUAUCCAACGAGUUAAGAGAUAUGCCCAGGGCAAUAUUAUUGAUUUGAUGGAGUUUGCAACUUUUGGAGCUCCGAGGUUUUAAUUCCUUUAGGAUUUAACAAGGGAAAUUAUCCCAAAUUGAAUAUUGAAGCCAGUUUUUAUUCAAUCGUAAUGAUAUUUAAUAGGUUAUUGGCUCCUUUAUCAAGGCCAAAUCGAUCGGUCAUUCAUUUGGUCCCUAAGCUAAGACUUUUCCCUGGAAAUUGGCGUAACGAUUAGCCAUUGAAAACUUACAAAGCCCGGAACUAAUCCUUAUGGGAAAUUUUCAAAUUUUUUCAUAACUUUUAAACCCAUCGAUUUGUCUCAUUAAACGCAGUGUCAAAAAACCAAGUUUCAGCCCAAUUGAGCAAAAACUUUCAAAUUUCGUGCCAUUUUCUUAAAAUCUGAAUCGAAAAAUUUCUAACUCUAUACAUACAAAGUUCACAUCGGGGAAGGCUACACAAAUGCAAUAGUUUCGCCAAAAACUAAAUCAUUUGCUGAAUCCAAAGAGUUUCCUUGAUAGGCCAUUUCUAAAUUAAAAAUAAAUAUCUUUAUAUAGUUUAUGUUGACCACCUACCGAUCUAAAUGUGUCACCCUUGCCGACAACCUGCUGUUUUAAAUAAUGGAAGCGGGCUCACUAGAUAUGAUCUCACUUUUGUAUUUGUUUGAUUUGAUUUUCUAUUUUCUCAAUGUCUGGCUCUGCAUUUCCGCGUAGAAACGCUACAUUCCAGGGUGAUAUAUCGGAUUCGAUUCCACCCCUUUCCAGCACUCAGGUGGUGGCCAGUGGCGCUACUGAACUCUUUGACGUGUGCCCCGUUGUUGAUGACGAGAAGCUCAAGUAAUCCACAUUCGAGGAAAUAUAUGUUAUGUAAAAUGGAGUCUGAGAUGCGAAUUUUAAUCGUUAACUAGUUUGUAGGUGGUGAAAAAAAGUACGAAAUUAACAAUUGUGAAUUUCUUUGCCUGCAAACGGCGAUUAGGUCUUGCCUCGAUAGACACGAUUGUGCAGGUGCGUGCUUGUGGUUUUAUUUUUUCGUUGGACCAGCAAAAACUGCGUGUUCUAGUCUAAUAUAUGAUUUCACAGACCCAAGUAGGUCUCUUCCUCGAUAUGAUUGUUGUUGUGUUUUGUGAUCUUGUUGUUACCAAAAACAAAUAAUGUGUGAUAAUUUCAAUGCGAGAACGCACAACUCGAAGCACACCUUCACCAACUUUUGAAGCUGCUCGGGUUUUUAGCCGGCAGCGUGUACUUAAAGUUCCAGGAGCAUUAUACUGUAAUAAUUGUAAGUUUAGUUUUAUCAGGUCUUGAGAAAGUAAGAAAGAAAGAAAAGCAAUUUGAGCGCAAAUAGCUAAAUUUUCGCUUUUGAGAACCACUCAACGGGCUUGGUUCUGGCAUUUUGACUUUAUCUCUGAUAGAUUUUGCCGUCACAGAGCAUGUCCAGAAUUUCAUAGUUGCGUCUUAGAUUUUCAUUCCAAAACAGAGGAAUUCUCACUAAAAAUAUAUCGCUAAAGUGAAAAGUGUGUAACGAUGUAAAUAAAAGGAAAGGUAGCCGACUCUCGUGUAAAUUUAGAGGACACAUACUACUUUUGUAUUUGCGAUUGUAUUUAAGCUUGAGUUGUUGGAAAUCGCUUUUAAACUAGUCCUGAUUGAUGAGUUAUGGUAAUUAAAAUAAUUCAUUCACGGACCUGAAGUCUACCGCCGGUCGGUAAAGUUUUGUGAAAAUUAGAUAAAAUAAAAUGUCCCCUCGCGGUCGUUCCACAAAAGCUUCAUUCAAAAAUUGGUGAUUUGGCAAACCUCCCUUUCGCACACACUUCGAAGCGAACACAUUUUUACUUGCGUUGACCCAUCUAAAACCUCUUGAGUCGUACAGCUCUGUUGAUUUACUUAUGAGAUAUGUGAUAUGCUACGUAUAAAUAAAUUGAAACUGCUAUAGGAGAUGAAUAAACUUUGUCAGAAGCAGCAGCAGCGACACAAAUUCCGCAGCGAGUGCGUCGUUCUCUCCGAUUUCAAAUUGUUGUCAAAGCGCAAUGACGACCACUCGCUCUCGUGAGUCUCUUCAGUGGAACUAAACUGUAAAUUAUGAUUGGGACAAUAAAACUUUAAUUAUGAAAUAGAA